GAGACUUCCGAAGCAGAAAGAAACAAAGGAAGCCGUCGGAGACUCGAAGGUCGUUCUCUUUUUUACUUUUUAUCAACACAGUCACACAGACACAUAGAGAGGGAGAAAUAGAGAGAGAGAGAGAGAGAGAGAAUAACGAGAGCCGCACACGCGCCCAGAGUAAUGGGGGAAGAUCCACAGCGCUCAAAGAGGAUUGCAGCGGUCUCAUAUGACUACGAGAACGACCCACGAUGGGCGGAUUACUGGUCCAACAUACUUAUUCCUCCCCAGAUGGCAGCUCGGUCUGACGUAGUCGAUCACUUCAAGCGCAAGUUCUACCAGCGUUACAUUGAUCCUGAUUUUGUGGUUGAGACAAUUUCUUCAACAAACUCUUCUCAGUCAGCAAGAUCAUCUGCACAAUCCUCAGCCUCAUCUACAAAUGAACAGGCACGACCAUGGAGCUCAGGGUCAACUUCCAGAACAUCAAGGGCUUCAGCAACACCAAACAUGAACUCGACUUUUCUGCGCUUGGACCAACAAACCAUACAGUUUUCAGUGAAUGCUUGGAUUUUUGUUGUUGGCAUGCUUGCUGUCCUUCCAAUUAUGUCUAAAAAUCUCUCCAAUAGAGCAUAUCGUUUGUCUUUUAUAGGCACAGCAUGUUCCUCGUUGUAUUCCUUGUAUUCAUUAUAUGGGAAACCUAGGGCAUGGAAUCUGCAGGCUGUCCAAGUAUGGUUUCAAUUAGUGAUCACGACCAAAGAUUUUAUCUACUUUCUCUACUGCCUUAUGUUUGUGACCUCCCAUCUUCAAAUUAAAUUUGCUUUGAUACCUGUACUUUGCCGAGCUCUUGAACUUGUUGCGAAGUUCCUAAGGCGAAAUUUUGGCAAUUCAUCUUUAUACAGGAAGUAUUUGGAAGAUCUGUGUUUGUGGGUGGAGUCAAACUCUACCACACUUGGUUUACUGACUUCACAUGCUGAGAUUGCACUUGGUUUCCUCUUAGUCAUUUCACUUUUCUCGUGGCAACGUAACAUAAUACAAACAUUCAUGUAUUGGCAGCUGUUGAAGCUCAUGUACCAUGCCCCAGUUACUGCAAGCUACCAUCGGAGUGUGUGGACUAAAAUUGGCCGGACUUUACAUCCUUAUGUUAACCGCCAUGCCCCAUUCUUGAACACCCCAAUUUCUUCUGCUCAGAGGUGGUGGUUUAGGUAAAUAUGAAAGAGAAAAAGAAGAGAGGCGUACAGAGAUCAAAGUGGCAUAUGGGGUUCACUUUUAACUACUGGAAUCUCUUUAUGGAAAGAGUGGUCGCUGAUAAGACCAUGCAACAAUGUUGAUUAAAAAACUAUUCAAGUGAAUCCUUUAUUAUGAAAACUUUUGUUGCUUUUGCUUUGCCCUUUUUC